GCGACGCGACAGGGGCGGCUCUUUCCUGGGUGGGGUUUCUGAAGUCGUGGCCCGUUAGCAGGAAGCCGAGCAGUUGCCCUGACGCUAGCGAGGGACCCAAUCCGAAACCCCAGUCCCGAGUCCGUGCUGUGUGUACUGUGUGCUCAGCGCUGCCCGACAGCUCCUAGCCGAACUUCCAUCAACUCUGCCACUUUUGCAGCCACCAUGCCUAAGACGAUCAAUGUGCGUGUGACCACCAUGGAUGCAGAGCUGGAGUUUGCUAUCCAGCCCAACACCACUGGGAAACAGCUGUUUGAUCAAGUGGUAAAAACUAUUGGACUGAGGGAAGUUUGGUUCUUUGGUCUGCAGUACCAGGACACUAAAAGUUUCUCUACUUGGCUGAAACUCAAUAAAAAGGUGACUGCCCAGGAUGUGAGGAAGGAAAGCCCCCUACUCUUCAAGUUCCGAGCUAAGUUCUACCCUGAGGAUGUAUCUGAGGAAUUGAUCCAGGACAUCACCCAGCGCCUGUUCUUCCUGCAAGUGAAGGAGGGCAUUCUCAAUGAUGAUAUUUACUGCCCACCUGAGACUGCUGUGCUGCUGGCCUCCUAUGCUGUCCAGUCUAAAUAUGGUGACUUCAAUAAGGAAGUCCACAAGUCUGGCUACUUGGCUGGGGACAAGUUGCUGCCACAGAGGGUGCUGGAGCAGCAUAAACUCAACAAGGACCAGUGGGAGGAGCGGAUCCAGGUGUGGCAUGAGGAGCACCGGGGCAUGCUUAGGGAAGAUGCUGUCCUAGAGUAUCUGAAGAUUGCCCAGGACCUGGAGAUGUAUGGUGUGAACUACUUCAGCAUCAAGAACAAGAAAGGCUCAGAGCUGUGGCUGGGGGUGGAUGCUCUAGGUCUCAACAUCUAUGAGCAGAAUGACAGACUGACUCCCAAGAUAGGCUUUCCCUGGAGUGAAAUCAGAAACAUUUCUUUCAAUGACAAGAAAUUUGUCAUCAAGCCCAUUGACAAAAAAGCCCCGGACUUUGUCUUUUAUGCUCCCCGGCUGCGGAUUAACAAGCGUAUCUUGGCCCUGUGCAUGGGGAACCAUGAACUAUACAUGCGCCGCCGCAAGCCUGACACCAUUGAGGUGCAGCAGAUGAAGGCACAGGCCCGGGAGGAGAAGCACCAGAAACAGAUGGAACGUGCUUUGCUGGAAAAUGAGAAGAAGAAGCGUGAGAUGGCAGAAAAGGAGAAGGAGAAGAUCGAACGGGAAAAGGAGGAACUGAUGGAGAGACUGAAGCAGAUUGAGGAACAGACUAAGAAGGCUCAGCAUGAACUGGAAGAACAGACCCGCAGGGCUCUGGAGCUUGAGCAGGAGCGGAAGCGUGCCCAGAGUGAGGCUGAAAAACUAGCCAAAGAACGUCAAGAAGCUGAAGAGGCCAAGGAAGCCCUGUUGCAGGCCUCUCAGGAUCAGAAGAAGACCCAGGAACAGCUGGCCUUGGAAAUGGCAGAGUUGACAGCUCGAAUCUCCCAGCUGGAGAUGGCCCGACAGAAGAAGGAAAGUGAAGCUGUGGAAUGGCAGCAGAAGGCUCAGAUGGUACAAGAAGAUUUGGAGAAGACCCGUGCUGAGUUGAAGACUGCUAUGAGUACACCUCAUGUAGCCGAGCCUGCUGAGAAUGAGCAGGAUGAGCAGGAUGAGAAUGGGGCAGAGGCCAGUGCUGACCUGCGGGCUGAUGCCAUGGCCAAGGACCGCAGUGAGGAGGAACGUACCACUGAGGCAGAGAAGAAUGAGCGUGUGCAGAAGCAUCUGAAGGCCCUCACUUCAGAACUGGCCAAUGCCCGCGAUGAGUCCAAGAAGACUGCCAAUGACAUGAUACAUGCUGAAAACAUGCGACUUGGCCGAGACAAAUACAAGACCUUGCGUCAGAUCCGGCAGGGCAAUACCAAGCAGCGCAUCGAUGAAUUUGAGUCGAUGUAAUGGUCACCCCAACUGUAGGGACCCCUCCUCCCUUCUUCCUUGCCCCCACACUCUUUUACUCUUGCCUAACUCACACUGUGCUGAAGCCACUAACUAGAACAGCCCUGGAGUCAUGCCAAGCAUUCAGUGUAGCCAUGGGACCAAACCUAGCCCCUCAGCUCCCACUCACUUCCUUGGACAAGUAAAUG